AUGGCGGAGGGAUAUGUGUGGACAGAAAGCUACGAUGAAGGGACUGUAGGAUUUAUAAUUCUUGGGGCCGCGUUGGUGUUCAUCAUGGUUCCUGGACUGGGGUUUCUGUACUCGGGGCUGGCAAGAAGAAAGUCUGCGCUAUCGUUGAUAUGGGCAGUUAUAAUGGCGACGCUAGUUGGCAUGGUUCAGUGGUAUUUCUGGGGAUUUUCACUGGCGUUUUCGAAGACUGCACCAAACAAUAAAUUUAUUGGCAAUUUGGAUUCAUUUGGAUUCAGGAAUGUGUAUGGAAAAGCAGAUCCUGAAGCUGCUUAUCCCGAACUUGCCUUUGCAGUUUUUCAAAUGAUGUUUAUGUGCGUUACUCUGAGUAUUGUGGCAGGUGCAACAGCUGAAAGAGGACGGUUGUUACCGCAUAUGGUCUUUCUUUUCGUUUUUGCAACCGUUGUGUACUGCCCUAUCGCAUACUGGGUUUGGGCACCUGGUGGAUGGUGCUAUCAGUGGGGGGUUUUGGAUUGGGCUGGUGGCGGCCCAGUGGAGGUAUUGAGUGCGGUGGGUGGCUUUGUCUAUUCAUAUUUCCUGGGCAAGCGUAAUGAAAGCUUGUUGAUCAAUUUUAGGCCGCAUAAUGUUUCUAUGGUCACUUUAGGGACGUCGCUUCUUUGGUUCGGCUGGUUGUUGUUCAAUGCUGCCACCUCUUUGUCACCAAAUUUGAAGUCUGUUUACGCCUUUAUGAACACAAAUAUAAGUGCCGCUACAGCUGGUAUGACAUGGUGCUUACUUGAUUUUAGACUGGAAAGGAAAUGGUCCACGGUUGGUCUUUGUUCCGGUAUUAUUUCCGGCCUUGUUGCAGCAACACCAAGUUCAGGUUGUAUUACACUCUAUGGGUCAUUCAUUCAGGGAAUUAUUGCAGGUAUUGUCUGUAAUUUUUCAACAAAAAUCAAGUACUAUUUGAAAGUUGAUGAUGCAAUGGAUAUUUUAGCAGAACACGGCAUCGCAGGUGUGGUCGGCCUGAUAUUCAAUGCUCUCUUUGGCGCUGAUUGGGUGAUUGGCAUGGAUGGCGUCACGUCUCACAAGGGAGGAUGGAUUUCACACAAUUAUGAACAAAUGUAUAAACAAAUUGCUUAUGUGGCAGCGUGUGUUGGCUAUUGUGCCGUCGUUACCGCUAUCAUUUGUUUUGUUAUUGACAAGAUUCCUGGAUUACAAUUAAGAAUUACAGAAGAAGCGGAAGCUCGUGGAAUGGAUGAAGAUCAGAUUGGUGAAUUUGCAUAUGAUUAUGUUGAGGUAAGAAGAGAUUAUUCUCAAUGGGGGUUUGAUUCGGGAAAUAAUCAAGAAGAGGAUGGUGAAGAAGGAGAGGAAGAGGAGCACGAAAUGCAUAGACUACAUGGGCGUCAAGUCGAUACAACCACUUCUUCAUCGGGUGAGGCAAAUGAUGACAUCUCUCAUUCGGAAAAGAAGGCUAACGCACUUCCGAGUACCACUUGA